UACGGCUUCGUUCCCAGUAAUUCUCCACUCGGAGUGAUAUGUGAUAAAGUUGUAUUUCGCCGGCUUCCGGCCUCUUCGUCUCUCUUUUCGCCUGUAGGAAGGUGUUUGAAAAUGUCUGCUCAUCUACAGUGGAUGAUUAUUCGGAACUCGUCCAGCUUCCUUCUCAAGAGGAACGGACAGUCAUAUAGCACCGAACCCAACAACCUGAAAGCCAGAAACUCCUUCCGUUUCAAUGGGCUUGUACACAGAAAAACUGUUGGUGUUGAGCCUGCUGCUGACGGAAAGGGAAUUGUUGUUGUUCUCAAGAAACGUGCAGGUCAGCGUAAGCCAGUGUCGUCCUAUGAGAAGAUAACUAUUAAUAAAAACUCCAGGGCUACACUUAACAGCCUUCGCCACAUAAUUCGUAAAAACAAGUACAGGAAGGACCUUCGGAUGGCUGCUCUGCGUCGAGCUAGCGCCAUCUUGAAGAGCCAGAAGCCUGUCAUUGUGAAGAAGAAGCGCACCAGGGCUGCCAAAUCAUCAUAAAAUAAUGUAAAGCUUCAAUAAAGAUUUGUUAAAUGGU